AUACUAAGGUUCAUUUUACCACCAUAGGUCUGGAUCUUAUUUCAUUGCUAUAAUGGGAAAGGUCAGAAUAAUGUACGUAGAGAAAUUGUUAACAUUACCGUGUGGUGCAGAUUAAAAUAUAUUGGUUUCUACCACUGCUUUUCCCGCGGGUGUUGUAGGGGCCUAUAUUUAUCAAAGACUGGGCAGGCCGACAGUAGCCCUGUGAAACUGUGUAAACCUUAAAAUUGCGAUCUGAAAUCUAGGCAGGCGCGUCUAGGAAGGAAAUCAUGGUAAACCCUUCUUAUGUAGCAGUCUUAUAAUCCAGCCCUGGACCGUCCGGGCUCCGACCCAUCUCAAUAUUUAUAUUGAAAGCAAUUUGCAUUAUCUGUAAUGUAUCUUAUAAUCUAAUAUAUUUUGUUCCACUUUCUGAAACUAUCACAAGUACCUAUUUACUAUAAAUAAUAUUAAUAUAUACGCGAUACAAUACAAUUACAAUACAAUAAAAAUACCUCUUCAUUGUCAUCGAUGUGUGAAGGACCCAAUGUGGGUACCUACGGCCUAAUUUAGAACUCCUUAGGUACAUAUUCAAUAUUUAACACUGGCACAUUGAAAACACAACAAGUGAGUGUUCAUUAGAAAAAACAAAUAUAACAAGUACAUGAAACUGUCAGCAAAGACAGAAAUUGGCGCCAAAAUGCCAAUCAAAUCAAACCCCAACUUCAGAACGAGUCCACCCUUCGUUUAGGGAUCUGUGGCAAGGUCAAUAAACUUCUACAGAUUCAUGCAAAUUAUAUGCAGUUCGUUUUAUAAUUUACAUGUUACAAACAUGAGCUAUAGAUUUAAAUUGCAGAGAUGAAGAUUUUCAUUGGACGACUAUCCGUAGACACGCCCCGCAGUUGCAGUUAUAGUUUCCGGUGUUUCGUGAAGUCAAGAAUAAAAUAAUAACAAAAUGGAUUCCAAAAUAAUAAUCAUAUUGAUGUCAUUGGUGUUAGUAAAGGCACAAUUCUUUGAGGAUCGUCGUUGUCGGUGCGUGUGUCCAAGUCCUGCUGCAGUUCUUAACACCUCGACCACGCGGCAGAUCUAUACUGGGAACGUACCUCCUAACCUGUGCAACUGCGAGGACGUUGUGUUUCCUUUCAUUAGGGAAGAACUUGAAGGAAAACUGUAUAUGUUUUGCCCGAGGUGUGAGUGCGUGUACCAGACACGUAACACGAGUCUUAUAAUGGGUGUGGUGUCGAUGAUUAUCAUACUGGUGAUGGUAUUGAUACUGUAUACCAUUGCCAUAUGGUCGCUGAAAGCUGUUCUGAGGCGCAGAAACCGAACCGUUUCGCGAACACCUGAAUCGACAGAACAACCUGACACUACGGAACAGAGGACUGAAGAGGAACGAAUAUCAACUGAAGGGGGCCGUGGAAGUAGAGAUGUUUCAUUAUUGGGCGAGGAACCAAUUGCGAGGAAUCAAGUUGGUAGUCAAAGGAGACGCCGACGACAAAGGAUAAAACUUGUGAUUACCUUGCACAACCACGACUUGGCAAUCGCUUCUACACAACAAGGUGCGGACAAUAAUGAACUAAUAGACGAUAGAGAAUCAGACCAUGAUGAAAGCGACAACAUGCGACAACGUGCUGGGUGCAAUCGGAGUUAGAGCGAUUGUUUCAAAUUAGGAAGUUAUAAUCUCUAUCGCUAUAAUUAACAACUUUUGAUAUUUGUAAAGUCUAUACGUCAAGGUUUUAGGGUUGAACUUAAUCUAGUAGUAAAAGAAAAGCUUAAAUUUACAUCUACAAGCAGCAUGCAGUAGUAGGAGCUGAUUUGGAAUGCAGGUAAGUGUCACUUAUCUCAAUAGUACCUACAAUUAUUCACGAAGUUUUUUGUUGUUGCAAUGUCUCAUGAAAAUAAUAUACAGGUAUUCCAACGUUUGUAAGCACAUUACCAAUCACAACAUACAUAAAAUAUAA